UUUUUUAUUAGCAGUCCACAAAACCGAUCGGCGUGAUGAUCUCUUACUGGCUAGCUUUCCCGCAAACUAGCUAGAUACCUACCGUUAAAUAAAUCGUCGUGUAGCCAAUGACUCAUAUAGACGGUGAAAACCUAGCACAGUACAUUACCUAGCUAGCUAGUUAAAUUGUAUAGUGUACACGUUUUUACGUGAUGUCCACCAGGUUCAUAGUUUUAGUUUAGCUUCGGCAUUGGCCCUGGCAUCCUCCCACUAUGGACGGACGGAACAUAGACUGUUGUGCGUGAAAAUCCCAGGAUAUCAGCAGUUUCUGAGAUACUCAAACCACCCUGUCUGGCACCAACAACCAACAACCAUUCCACGGUCAAAGUCACUUUUUUCCCAAUCCUGACAGUUGAUGUGAACAUUAACUGAAGCUCCUGACCCGUAUCUACAUGAUUGUAUGCAUUGCACUGCUGCCUCACAAUUGGCUGAUUAGAUAAUCACAUGAAUAAGUAGGCGCACAUGUGUUCCUAAUAAAGUGCUCGAUGAGUGUACAUUUGUACCCCUGAAAUGAAUGUAGUAUAACUACAACACCCAUGACCCUUAGCUAAAGGCCCCCCUGAGCAAACUUCGAAAUGUUUGACGUCAUUAUAACGAGCGGGAGUCGGCGUGACCAACAGCCAGAAGAAGAAGAAAAAAAGGCUUGUUCUAGAAACGGCAACGGGUUGCUAUACCGGUCGUUACUGCAUUCGGGUGGCUCGAUGGCUUCAGAAGAUGUUUCGCUGCUGGCCAACUCAUUGGCUAAGACUCAGGUGGGGGAGGCAGAGCUGAGCUACAAGGGCAGGGGACUCAAACUGGACAAUGCCCAGUCUGUGGAGGAGCUGGUGCAGGAAAUUGAGGCGUUCCAGGGGCUGCAGGCCCUGAGGCUAGAGGGGAACACUGUGGGCGUGGAGGCGGCAAAGGCCAUUGCCAAAGCCCUGGAGAACAAGGGAGACUUUCAGUGCUGCUACUGGAGUGACAUGUUCACGGGUCGCCUGCGCUCAGAAAUCCCUCCUUCUUUGAUCUCCCUGGGCAGUGCGCUGAUCACAGCAGGAGCCCGGCUCAGGGUCCUGGACUUGAGCGACAACGCCUUCGGGCCCGACGGGGUGAAGGGAAUCGAGGCCCUGCUCAAGAGCGCCACCUGCCACACGCUGCAAGAAGUGCGGCUCAACAACUGUGGCAUGGGCAUCGGCGGAGGCAAGAUCCUCGCUGCAGCCCUGACUGCGUGCCACAAGCAGUCGAGCGCGCAGGGAGCCCCUCUGCAGCUGAAGGUGUUCAUCGCUGGCAGGAACAGGCUGGAGAACGAGGGUGCCACCGCGCUCGCCCACGCCUUCCAGCUCAUGGGCAGUCUGCAGGAGAUCCACAUGCCCCAGAACGGCAUUAACCACCCCGGGGUGACCGCGCUGGCCACCGCCGUGCAGCACAACCCCCAGCUCCGCGUCAUCAACCUCAACGACAACACCUUCACCAAGAAAGGGGCUAUCGCCAUGGCGCAGGCUCUGAAGCACCUGCGCAACGUCCAGGUGAUCAACUUCGGCGACUGCCUGGUGCGCUCUGAGGGGGCGGUGGCCAUUGCCGAGGCCCUGCAGGGGGGGCUGCCCAUCCUGAAGGAGCUGAACCUGUCGUUUGGGGAGAUCACGGAGGAGGCGGCGCUGGUGGUGGCCCAGGCCAUGCAGGACAAAGCCCAGCUGGAGAAACUGGACCUCAACGGUAACUGUCUGGGGGAGGAGGGCUGUGAGGCCCUGAAGGAGACCAUGGACAGCAUGAAUAUGGGGGAUCUGCUGGGAUCGCUAAGUGAUGAUGAAGGAGAGCAAGAUGAUGAUGAAGACGAUGAAGACGAAGAGGAAGAAGAAGAUGAUGAGGACGAAGAAGAGGAGGAUGAGGAAGACGAGGAGGAGGAGGAGGAGGAGGAGAAUGGAGUGAAAGAGGCAGAACAGGACAGUGAAGGAGAGGAGGACCUGGCCCAGCCGCUGAGCAUGGUUUCCACCCCAACCCCGUCAAUCAAGCCUCAAGCCGCCUCCCCCGCCAACGAGGUCUCCUCCUUCCUCUGCUUCCCCUCCCCGGACAAGCUGCUCAACCUGGGGCCCAAGAGAACGCUUCUCAUCGAACAGCAGGUGGACCCGGCUGACGCAGGUAAGACUGCAGAGGCCUUUCUGAAGAUCUCCUCUGUGUACAAGGAGGAUGCUGAGGUGAAGAAGGCUGUGCUGGAGAGCGUUGAUGCUGUGCUGAGGAAAGCCUUCUCCAGUCCCUCCUUCCAGGCCUACAGCUUCAUCUCCACACUGCUGGUGCUGCUGGGUCUGAUCAAGAGUGAGGACAAGGUGAAGCCGGUGCGGAUGGUGCCCGGACACCUGCUGGCCCUGGACCACGCGGUGCGGCAGGACUACUUUCCCCGGGAGCACACGGCCGUGCUCAACGCCUUCGUCUCGCGCAGCAGUAAGGCCCUGGAGUCCUGCUCCAGCGCCAAGAGCAGCCUCAAGUCCACCCUGGACCGGCUCGGGAACCAGUGCUAAUGUCCAGCUGCUGUUCAGACCGGGAGCAAGGACACACUCCUACGGACACUGUGCAGAACAGACCAAUACACACACACACACACACACACACACACACACACGGACACACGCACUUAUAUGGAAGCCGUACAGAAUGGACUGAUGCUCUCUCACACACACCUCAGUACUGCUGGUUCACUACGUUUGACUUUGUGCCGGGCAGUCGUACUGUUACACACGCACAGCCCGCCAGGCCACUGUGGAGACCGAUGAACACUCUGGGUGACAUCACACCCACCUGGUCAAAGGAACCCAUUACACUUGUGUAGAGCGCCCUCUGUGGUUGCAUUAUGAAAGCGCAGCUGAGAUGUCCCACUCAUUUUUUAGGCUUUUCUUUUUGUAGGUAAAGUAAAAAUACAAAUAAAAAUUAAACAAUAUGUUAAAACAUUUAA